UUAUUCCAAACUUCCUCUGCAUUUUCCGAACAACCUAAAUACUCUCUUUGUUUCAUUUCAAUAUUAAACAUAAAUCAUAAACCCUCUUCCUUUGAUUUAUUUCCAAUUAUUUUUCUUUUGCUAUUUACUUUGAUUCCUACUCAAUCUUUCAACGCUUCCACCCUCACAAAAUUUAUCGUUACCUUCGCCCUUUCUUUUUUUCAAUCUCUCUCUCUUUCUCAACCAAAUGGCCUCCAUGAGUUUCGCUAUGGAUUCAGUUUCUGUGUUAAACCCUAAAUUCAUCUCUCCCCCAUUCAACAAACUCCCCCAUUCUCCAAAAUUUCAUCCUUUGCUCAAAAAUCGCACUUUCAAAUUGUCCGUUAAUUCCCUUUCCAAUAACUCCUUCUUUGUUACCCCUAAUCUACGAAAACCGUUAACCGUCGCUUUCGUUGCGCCUCAACAUGACUCUGUAAGUCCUAAAGAUCAGGGUGAAGUUGAAGUGGAGAAAGGGACUGAUGUUGGUUAUGAUGAGGAAUCACAGGAAGCGUGGAAGCAGGCUCUGGAUACAUUCAAGGAACAAGCUUUGAAGCUUCAAGGGGUUUCUCAGGAAGCUUAUGAAUUGUAUUCUAAGAAGGCCAUUGUUGUUUUGAAAGAUACUUCGGAACAGUUGAAGAUACAGGCUGAUAAGGCAAGGCAUGAUUUGAGUGAGGUGGCGAAGGAAAUCACUGAAGAAGGAAAAGAGUAUUUGUCUGCUGCUACUGAGAAUUCACCCGACGUGAAGGAAAUUGUCGAGACUUUUACCUCCCCGGAUGAUGAUCUUAGUCUCAACAAUGUUUCUGGAGUUCGGGACUUUUAUGUUGGUAUACCCUAUGGUUUGAUACUAUCUCUGGGUGGCUUCCUUUCCUUUAUGGUAACCGGAAGCAUUGCAGCAAUAAGGUUUGGGGUGAUUUUAGGUGGUGUCUUAUUGGCUUUAAGCAUUUCAAGUCUGAAAUCAUAUAAAAAAGGACAACCCUCUUCUCUAGCUUUGAAGGGACAGACAGCAAUAGCAAGUAUCUUGUUUCUGCGGGAGAUUAGCUCAAUUGGCAGAGGAUCAACUUAUUUCACUGCCUUGAUCAGCAUUUGCAGUGGUGCGGUAGCGGCAUUUUAUGUCUAUAGACUGGUACUGGAAAGGAAACCACAAAAUGGUUCGAACUUGGAAGGUGAAGCAGGAAACUAGUUCAAUCAUGAGUGUCAAAUGGAAUAUCUACAUGAAGAUCAGAUAAAAAAGCUGAAAAUCUGCAUGAAGACUGUCAGUAAAUUUUGGUGAUGAUUUAUUUCUUUGAUAUUCACAGGCCGGGUCGUCAAGACUAAUUGCUGAGAGUUAGGGCUACGUUUUCAUGCAUGGAAAAAAUCGUCAGGAAAACCUUGAUGUACACUUUAGAAGUACUCUAGUGUAUAAUUAUGAUGAUUCGUUGGAAAGUUGCUUUGUCAUAUUAUAAAUGAACUCUAUUUUAGGUGGGAUAAAUAUCAACUGGUUUUAUUUAUUUUUUGAAAAGGAGUGGUCUUUGUUGUUUAA